AUGGCCGAGAGAGCUCUUCGGGUCGCUGCAGAGGCCCUCUAUCAAAGCACAGGGGCUACAGAAGGCACUCCCAAGACUCUCAGCCUUCAAGAGGCUUUGGAGCUCUUCAGACCAGACUUCAUCAGCCGAUCUCAGGGUCGACUGAGGAGGUUGGAGCAGAGGGCUAGAAUAAGGAAAUCACUGCAGGACUCCAAUCCAGACCUGGUGCAGGGCCUUAGGGAAAAUCGUGUCAAGCAAAAGAGGAACUGCACCACACCAGAUCCACUUAGUGAUAACCUUUUCAAGCCUAGAGAGAGGUCUAUAUCGAGUAGAGAGAUGCAGCUGAGGUCCAGACGGAUUUACAACAUGCUGCCAGAGGUGACAAAGAGAAAGGAGGAGGAAAAAAGAAGGGCUGUAUCUCAAGCCAACAGACUGCGGGCCGAAGUCUUUAAAAAGAAAAUUCUGGAUCAGGUCCUGCAAAGAUAAAUCGGACACCGGCGAAUGGGGAUACUUCGCUGACCACUCACUGCAUCUUCAGGCUUAACACUUUGCAAUAAUAAUUACUGUAUAACGCCUUUAAUUUCUUACUUAAGUCAUGCUAUGUCAUUUGAUGUUGUAUUUUGCAUCCUGUAACCAGAAAAAAACGAUAUUGCAGAUAUUGUCACCAGGCUUUUAUUAGUUGAGGAUAAUGUAUUUUGGCUAUUAUCUGUUACUGAUAUGAUUCAAUCUGACACUAAACAGAGAUGCUGAAAUUAUUAUUAAAUAGGCAAUUUUGUAAAAGUAGUCUGCAGGUGGAAAUUGCAUGAAGUGAAAUCUGCGUGAGAUCAAUUGUGUGCAAACAAUAACAAAACCCACACACCCCACCUACCACCGACAAUUGCUCAUUACCGACAAAUGUGAUGAGUUUGUCAGUUGUCAGGUCUUUUUUGCUGGUCAAAUAAACAUGCAGCAGUCAAACAAAGCAGACAUAAUCAUCUAAAUUGAGCAGUUUCUUUCCUGAUGCUUUUCUUCAUUGGAUAUAUCUUUUUCCACAAAUGUCGCUCAAGGGCUGCAAAAAACUGAAUGUAUCCCUCGGACAUUCUGCGUUAAAGUUAUUUUACAGGAAGUCAAGCCUUGGUGCUUUAACCAGAAAACCUUGGCUGUCAUUGUUACUGUACAGUAGGUGUUCAUAAAGCAGGAGAGGGAGGCUACGUUUCGUCAUUGACUUCACAUGUGCCUGGAGGCCUGUGGAACCUCCCAUCCGGAACAGUGGAAUUUCAAGCUAAUCGAACUCAGGAGACUUGCAGCACCCGUGAAAGGGGCCUUUGUCACACAGCUCCAAACCAAAGAUGACAUUGUAAUAAGAGAGGAGACUCCUGAGCAC